UAAGCUAGCCUUCGAAUUUCCUUCCUUCACCAAGCCCCAUCUCACUCCAUAAAACAAUGGCCCGUUCUCAAAUUUCCUUCCUUCUCCUCUCCCUCCUCCUUGCUGCGGCCGCUCUGCCCUCCCAAGCUUUCAUUAUCGACAACACACUGAAGAAGGUGCGUGUUGCCGGUAAGCUCUACUGCACCAUCGACGGGAACCCUGUGGCUGGUAUUUUCAACCCUCCGCUGGUCGGAGCGAAUGUGACGGUAGCAUGUGAGGAUGAGCGGGUCACUCUCGGACAGGUAGUGACGGAUCCGGCAGGGACAGUGGAUAUGCUUUACGAUACGGUGGGUGACAUCGCCUUCGACAGCUCCACAUGCAGAGUGCGCGUCAGCGUGGCCAAUGUGGUGGGAUGCAGGAUCCUGCUUCCGAGUACGACCCUUGGGGCCCCAAUCCAAGUUGUGCGCUUCAUCCAGGACCCCGUAACCUCCUUGGUGACGUCAGUUCUCUUCGGCUUCUCGAAGUUCAUUGUCCUUGCGUCCUAAAACUGCAACCAUAUAUACCACCAAUAAAGAUCAUCACAUGAUCAACCAUAGAUACAAUAUAAUAAAUCUCGAUUUAUAUUUUGUGAUCAAUGUGUACUCAUCGAGUCAGUAUGUCUUUGCUACGCUGCAUCCUUCUUAAUGACAUAUAUAUAAACGUAAUGUUGUGUCCUAAACGCAUAUAUCCGU